AUGUCUCACAGAAAGUACGAAGCUCCUCGUCACGGUUCCUUGGGUUUCCUUCCCAAGAAGAGAUCUGCCUCUCACAGAGGUAAGGUUAAGUCUUUCCCUAAGGACAACAAGGCCAAGCCAGUUGCUUUGACCGCUUUCUUGGGUUACAAGGCUGGUAUGACCACCAUUGUCAGAGAUUUGGACAGACCCGGUUCUAAGAUGCACAAGAGAGAAGUUGUUGAAGCUGCUACUGUUGUCGACACUCCACCAUUAGUUGUUGUUGGUGUUGUUGGUUACGUCGAAACCCCAAGAGGUUUGAGAUCUUUGACCACUGUUUGGGCUGAACACUUGUCUGAAGAAGUCAAGAGAAGAUUCUACAAGAACUGGUACAAGUCCAAGAAGAAGGCUUUCACCAAGUACUCCGCUAAGUACGCUAAGGAGGGUGCUGAAGUUGAAAGAGAAUUGGCCAGAAUUAAGAAGUACGCUUCUGUUGUCAGAGUUUUGGUUCACACUCAAAUUAAGAAGACUCCUUUGUCUCAAAAGAAGGCUCACUUGGCUGAAAUUCAAAUCAACGGUGGUUCUAUCUCUGACAAGGUUGACUGGGCUAAGGAACACUUUGAAAAGGAAGUUUCCGUUGACGCUGUCUUUGAAAAAGAUGAAAUGAUUGAUGUCAUUGCUGUUACCAAGGGUCACGGUUUCGAAGGUGUUACCCACAGAUGGGGUACCAAGAAGUUGCCAAGAAAGACCCAUAGAGGUUUGAGAAAGGUUGCUUGUAUUGGUGCUUGGCAUCCAGCUAACGUUGGUUGGACUGUUGCCAGAGCUGGUCAAAACGGUUACCACCACAGAACCUCUAUUAACCACAAGGUUUACAGAGUUGGUUCCGGUGCUGAUGAAUCCAAUGGUGCCACCGAAUUCGACAGAACCAAGAAGACCAUCAACCCAAUGGGUGGUUUCGUCAGAUACGGUAUUGUUAACAACGAUUUCGUUUUGUUGAAGGGUUCUAUUCCAGGUAUCAAGAAGAGAGUUGUCACUUUGAGAAAGUCCUUGUACGUGGACACCUCCAGAAGAGCUGUUGAAAAGGUUAACUUGAAGUGGAUCGAUACUGCUUCCAAGUUCGGUAAGGGUAGAUUCCAAACCGCUGCUGAAAAGCACGCUUUCUUGGGUACCUUGAAGAAGGACUUGGAAAACUAG